AUGAGUGUCCUGAGGGAGCGCACAUCGGCCAAUCCAUCUGGUAUACCGAUAAUGAUCUGCGCCCUCAAACCAGUCCCAGAUGAUCAGAAGCUGGAAGUAAAGGAGGGCAUCGAAUGGCCUGUUGAGAUAGCCAAUGUGCAAUUCUAUCAUGUAUCGUCUGAUACAGAAGGGCUUAAGAGGCCCCUGUUGGCAACUAUGCGACAGCUGGUCGAGGAUCCGAAUGCGGAGUUUGAAGUCGUACUUAUCGUGGACGAGGAAUUGUGGGAGAAAUAUCAAGAGCAGUGUGGACAACCAGUUCUUUUGCCGACUAAGAGUGAUGAGAAUCUUUGA